CGCUGGGCGAGUGUCGGGCGGGCGAGCAAGCCGGCGCCAUUUUGUGUGGUGCAGCCUCGGAAGCAGCUCGCCAUCCCGGCAGCCUCCGCCAGCCCAGCCCGCGAGCGGAGCGCGGCGCCUCAGGCCCGCCGAGUACAGUGACUGUGCCCCGUCCCGGUGCGCCUCUGCCUCCUCCUCCUCCGCCCGCCCGGCUGGCUCCCUCGCCCGCGGGCGCCGUCCCGCUCGCCCCGUGCCCCCGUCCCUCCUUCUCCGAGCCCCGGCCGCCCCCCAUGGCCGUGGAGAGCCCCAGCGUGCCCCCGCCCAGCAGCCCGCACGCCAGGCCCCCGUCCCCCUCUCCGGCCGCCGCCUCCCUCCUCCACAGCCACCACCACGGCAGCAGCCUGGGCCUCGGCGGCGCCAGCGCCCGGCCGCUCCAACAACACCACCACGGGCCCGGCCCGGACGAAAGGGAGGAUGGGGAGCUGGAAGAAGGGGAGCUGGAAGAUGACGGGGGCGAGGAGCCGCAUGAUGCUUCAGAGUCCCGCGAGAAGAGUCGAAAGGACAAAAACGAGAAGCACCAUAGUGACUCGGAUGAAGAGAAGACUCACCGGAGGAAAAGGAAGCGUCGGAAAGAGCGCGAGAAAGAGAAGCGGAGGUCCAAAAAGAAAAGGAAAUCCAAGCACAAGCGCCAUGCCUCUUCAAGUGAUGAUUUCUCAGACUACAGUGAGGACUCAGACUUCAGCCCCGGCGAGAAGGGGCAUCGAAAGUACAGGGAGUACAGCCCUCUCUACUCCUCCUCGUCUCAUCAGCAGUAUCCGUCAUCUCACAGUGCCCCCAAAAAGGGAUAUUCCAAAAUGGAAAGCAAGAACUACCCCAUGUACGAGGAAUAUGAGAACGAGGGCUAUUGUGACUAUGAGGGAGAGGAUGACGAGGACAUGGGCAAAGAAGACUAUGAUGACUUCGCCAAGGAGCUGAACCAAUACCGGAGAGCCAAGGAGGGGUCUCACAGGGGGAGAGGGGGUCGUGGCCGAGGCCGAGGCUACCGUGGUCGUGGAAGAGGCGGGAUGCGAGGGCGAGGCAUGGGCAGAGGCAACCGUGGCAGGGGAAGAGGGGAGCACCCAGAGGAGGAGGAGGAGGAAAUGUAUGAAGAGGAAAUGGAGUACUGUGAAGGAGAAGAGCCUGCAGGGGGAGAUGAGUAUGACGACUAUUCCAAAGAGCUGAACCAGUAUCGCAGGAGCAAGGAAGGAAGGGGAAGAGGCUUAGGUCGUGGCCGAGGCCGUGGCUCCAGAGGGCGAGGAGGCAAGGGGAUGGGCCGAGGAAGAGGCCGGGGGAGAGGAGGCAUGGGCAAAGGAGGUGGAAUGAAUGAAGAGGACGACUACUACGAUGACGACAUGGGGGAUGGAGGCGGAGGCGGGAAUUAUCGGCGGAACGACCACGAUAAAUCUCACCAGCAAUCGGAUAAGAAAGGAAAAGUCAUCUGCAAAUAUUUUGUGGAGGGAAGAUGCACCUGGGGCGAACACUGCAACUUCAGCCAUGACAUUGAGCUGCCAAAGAAGCGGGAACUCUGCAAGUUUUACAUCACCGGCUACUGUGCCAGAGCUGAAAACUGUCCCUACAUGCAUGGGGACUUCCCUUGCAAGCUGUUUCAUACGACUGGGAACUGCAUCAAUGGAGACGACUGCAUGUUCUCCCACGAUCCUCUCACAGACGAGACGCGGGAGCUUCUGGAUAAGAUGUUGGCGGACGAUGCUGAGGCAGGAGCAGAAGACGAGAAGGAGGUGGAGGAGCUGAAGAAGCAAGGCAUCAACCCCUUGCCCAAGCCGCCUCCCGGGGUAGGGCUGCUGCCCACCCCCCCUCGGCCGCCGGGGCCGCCAGCUCCAACGUCGCCCAAUGGCCGGCCCAUGCCUGGCGGGCCACCUGCUCCACCACCCCCACCGCCCCCCCUCCCGCCCCCAGGACCACCGCAGAUGCCACCUCCGAUGCAUGAGCCCCUCUCGCCGCAGCAGCUGCAGCAGCAGCAGGACAUGUACAAGAAGAUUCCCUCCCUCUUUGAGAUUGUGGUGAGGCCCACCGGCCAGCUAGCAGAGAAGCUGGGUGUGAGGCACCCAGGCAUGUCUCCGCCUAUGUUCCCCGACAUGCCUCCCGACAUGCCCCCCGACAUGCUUCCUGACAUGUGCCCUGACAUGUGUCCUGACAUGCCCAUGGGCCCCGGGAUGAACCCUGGCCCUCCCAUGGGCCCCGGGCCCCCAAUGAUGCCCUUUGGGCCUGAGGAGAUGCCCCCUGGUCCACCAGCACCCGACUUCUAUGACGGCUUCUACCCGCAUCCAGAAGGCUUGGAGAUGGACCCCAACCUGAUGGGUGGCCCAGAGGGCUACGGGAACUAUGAUGAGAUGGACGAGUUGCCUGGGGAAAACAUCUUCCCCGACCCUUCCCUGGAGCCAGACCCCUUCUGCGAUGGAGGGAUCCCCCGACUGCAGAAGCCUCCCGCCAACGUCCCCGACUUCCUGCCGUCCACGCAGCGGGCUCUGUACCUGCGCAUCCAGCACAAGCAGCAGGAGGAGGAAGAGAGGGCUCGGCGGCACGCGGAAGGCUACAAGCCAGAUCGGGAUCACGAGGAAGGCGAUACUGGCAAUUGGUACUCCAGCGACGAGGAUGAUGGCAGCAGCAGUGUCAGCUCCAUCCUCAAGACUCUGCGGCAGCAAAGUUCCAGCCGGCCCCACGAAGAUGCUCCCAGUGGCGCUGGCCCCGCCUUGAGCAGGAGCGACCCUCGCCUCCAGAAAAGCCAGCCCCCGGGAAGCAGCCGGCCGGCCGACCCUCGCCUCCUGCGCGACCCCAGGCUUUCUCGAGGCGUGGAGCCUUCCGCUCCGCCUGGUGCGGGGGACGCUGGGCCCACAGAUCCCAGGCUGGCCCGGCACAUUCCCCCCUCUGCCCCUAAAGCAGACUCUCUGCAUUCCAGCCCCUCCGUGGGGCAGAAGGGUGUGGCAGUUCCGGAAGAGGAAGAAGGGGAGAGGGCCCUGAGGGACAAGCCGGUCACGAUUCCCCUGGAUCCUUUGCCAAAUCACACCCUGAGGGACCCUCGGGGCCAGCUGCAGCAGUUCAGCCACAUCAAGAAAGACAUUGUCCUGGUCAUGCCCGGUUUUGCCCGCACGGUGCUGUGGAGCCCCGAGGACCUCAUCCCGCUGCCUGUCCCCAAGCAAGAGUUCGUUCCCGUCCCGGCGGCUUUGCAGGCUCUGCCUGCUCUUGAUCCGCGCCUGAACCGGCCUCAGAACUCCACCAGUCUCUCCGACCCCAGACAGCGGGCGGCAGCCCCAGCAGAAGCUCCAGCCGGCUCUGGCUCCAGCCUCCCGGACUUUGAGCUGCUCUCGAGGAUAUUGAAGACGGUCAACGCAGCAGGCAGCCCAACCCAGAGUGACAAGCCAAGUGACCCCCGGAUGCGCAAAGCCCCUGCUGACCCCAGGCUGCAAAAGGCUUCUGAGCCAGCACCCUCAAAGCCAACAGAUGCUGCCAGUGCAUCAGCAGCUGGCCCUGCUGCCUCCUCGGAGGCAGCCCCCAGCAUCGCUCCCUACGAUCCCCGGCUGCUGACAGCGGGAGGGCUGAGCAGGGGCACCGGCCAGAGCAGUGUCCUCAGCGGGAUCAGCCUCUACGACCCAAGGACUCCGGGCUCAGGCGGCAAGGCUGCGGAGCCAGCUGGGGAGGGCAGCCCUGCGGCCAAGGGCUCCGACGGCGGCGGCAGCAAUAGCAAAGGCAGCGCCAGAGGGAAGGAGCCCUUGUUUGUUCGUCGGUCAGCCCUGGACCAGGUGGAAGCGGAGAAGCCAAGCGCAGAACCUUCGACCGACAGGUACAACAGCUACAACCGGCCGCGGCCCAAGGCCGCCACCACCACCACGGCCACCACUGCCGCCGCCACCACGCCUGCUGCCACAGAGACUGCUGCACAGCCUGGCAUCCACAACCUUCCGGUACCCGCUGUCUAUGGCAUGGUGAAGCAGGGGGCCAAGUCCGGGGCAGGCAGCCCCUUUGCUGGAAACAGCCCUGCGCAGGAGGGGGACCCACAGGACGCCGGCUCCUUAAAGGAUGUUUUUAAAGGCUUUGACCCCACAGCCUCCCCGUUCUGCCAGUAGUAUUAAAGACUUGCCCCUACAGCCUUGUGCCCGAGAGAAGCAGCAGUGUUCGAAACUUGUUCUCUUAUUUUCUUUUUAUUCCAUUAAUCCACCUCCCUCCUCCCUCCCCCCCCCAGCCAUAUAACUUGUAUAUACAUCCUUUGGGUUUUGCUCAGUGCUGUAGCGUGUAAUAUCCAAGCUGCAUUGUAAACAAGUAAUCAGAGUAUCUUAAGUAGUACUAGCCAGUAUUGUCUGAUGCCCUGGGCCUUUGUUUGAGGCUCACCUGAAAUCAUUCAUUGUCUUCAAAUCUUCUUUGGAAACCUGGGCCAGCUAAUCCCUCCAGCCCUUAGCCCUUCCUUUGCACAGUGGGCUACGUCCGAACCCCUCCUGCUUCUCCUCCUCCUCCUCCUCUUCAGGUGUUUUCUGUGGGAUGGAGGAGAGGCUGGUGAAAGAAAGGUGGUUCUUUCCUGUUGCGUAAAGGGAUGAUGCUGUCAGCCAUGCUGAUCUGUAGAAUAUAUGUAUCUUCAUUUCUUAGCUGUAACAAAAUAAGUGUAUCAUAGCCUUUUUUUUAAGAAGAAGAAAAAAAUCUAGUGCGGUGAAAAUUACCAUGGAGAAAUAACCAUGUUGGAUUAUUUUUGUAAUUGUGUUGGAUUUUAAGUACUUGUUUGCCAUUUCCUGGAGGUUGCUGGAUCCAGAUCCAGAUGAACUAGAACAGGGCGCUACAUCUGGGGUGUUUGGGCGGCCUCUCGAAAAAAGUGAUGCUUUCUACCAAAACAGAAUUUGUAGUAUUGAAAUUAAAUUAUUAAUAUCCCUUUGAUUCCACUUGUCUGUCUUCUGCACUUGUCUUAAUAAGCAGGCACUGCCAGAGCUCCAAAAUGGCUCAUAGAUUAUGUAGCUCCAGUUUCGCAGGCCGUGUUAUGGAGGUGGAAUGGGGUAACUAGAGCAGGCCAGGGCCCAGUGUCUCUGCUGCAGAGCAGGUUCGCUUAAAACCCAGCCUGAAUAACUCGAGAUUCCACGUGGCUUUAGAAGUGGAAAUGUUGCUGGAGGUGGACAGACCUUUUGGGAGCAUCAGAAGAGCAGGUGCCUGGAGUUGGUGCUUCAGAGGCAGCCGAGGAGGACCAGGAGCAAGAACCAGAGAUUGCAAUGUCUGCUCUUGAGAGCUCAUCACAGUCGACUUGCCUGCUGGCUGUUUUAAAGCCCAGCCAAAAUAUCUUCUCAAAGGGAAGAGAAGUUUGUGGCCUGCACUUGCUUCGUAGCCCUCCUGCCCUGCAUAGCAGCCCUGACUCUUCCCUGCCAGCGUCUUGAGGUUGGCAUCUCGUCGCCUUUGUGUUAAAGCACGCAAAGCUAUUUUGGCCUGAUCCUGUAGAAAGAAGCACCUGUCACCUCUUGGUCCUCCUUCAGGUGGGGCUGCUGCUCUUUGUGGUCUUUCUUCUCGUCCAUCUGCACUUGAAGGCAGGAGAGAGACUGGAUGCUGGCCUGGAAAAAAGUAUUUCUCAACAGCAAGGGUAUUUCGCAGCUAUAUGCAGUGUUCUGAAAAAAAAGCAUAAGCUCUUGUCAGCUUGGCAGAGACGAGGUGCUUGUGCCCUUUCUGCACGAGGAACCUGCCCAGGGAACAAGGAAGAAGAGGCAGCCGAGGGUUCCCCUCUGCUUUGACUGAGUCUCUCCUAGCGACCCAGCGUGGCCGAAGGAAGCAUCCUGCAACCAUGCUCAGCACACAGCACCCCCAAAGAUCUGGAACAAGUUGGUCUCUUCCCCCUACAUAGAGGUCAUAGUCUUGAGUGGUGAAGGCGGUAAACACCAUGAGCGGAGCGUGUCUUAGCUGAAACUGACUAGCUGUAAGAAGGUCUUCUCUCCCUACCUUGUAGUAUAUAUGGGGGCUGCUGCUGGCUAUAUGAGAAGUGGGGUGUCUCAUUCGCAGAAAAAAGUAUUUAGGGGUGGGAAAACAGCUUUAAGGCAUUUGCAUUGCUGGGAACGUUGUGAGUGCUGAACUUGGCAGUGUUUACUUUAAAAAGGGCCAUCAGGACACCUUGAAAGCUUGGUCGUUCCCCCAUACCUGUGCCGCUGCAAAUCCUCCUGUUUCAGGCACAUUCAUUUAAUGGAGAUGUAGUUUGGCUCUUGCCCGGGAGCAUAAAAGCCACAGUGUAUUGGAGGAACUGGUUUAAGAAGGGGAGGGACGUGCUCCAUCUCACUCCAAACUUAAACCACUUUUCCUUGGUGAAAGCCCAAGACCGUUAAGCCCAUUGUCCGUUCUACAAACUUAGCAACCAUUUCACCGUUCUGACUCUGUGCACAAGCAUUGAGGUCUAGCUGCUGUGGGUCCUAUGGGAGGGACAGUGAACUAGAAUGAAAUUCUCAGCAACCUCCCCAAACUCUCAUUUCCAGGGCUCCUUGGUGCAGCUAUAGCUCUCAAACUGGUGUAAAGUUUUUGAGUGUAACUUUAACCGGGGAGGUUCGUUGUGAAGUAUUCUGUCUUGCGAGCUUAUUUAGAUAGAGAUGCUCAGUGACAUUUGUAUAAAAAAAAUGAUCUUUUGUAAAAACUGUAAAAUCACUUCAAUAGACACAAAUGGCAAAAAAAAAAACUUAAUUGAUGAAACUGGUCAUCUACCAGAGCUUUAUAAACAUGCUAUAAAAUGUAAAUA